AAAUUCUAAUAGCUUUCCUGACUCACAUAUACUUAGUUAACUUUACUCAGUAAUAUAAAAUACAUACUUCUUACUUGGUUUUGUUGAGUUACAGUCAAUUGCAGGCUGAAAAUAACAAUUUACUUAAUUGUUUGAGUGACGCUUACUUGAAACAAGCAAGUAGCAACAAAGGAUGCAAUGACGUUAUUACACCACUGAGAGGCAGCAGUGCAUGAAAGCGUGCCUAAUGUGCAGAAAAAACGAAGAAGAAGAAGCGGCACUUGCAAGAGCAUGCGCGAUGUAUCUCGGCGCCAAUUUUGCAGAUAUGGAAAGACGUUGACCGGCUGCCUACAUUUUUCAUCCGGAGCUUUGUUACUUUUUUGCAAGAAGAAGAAUAAUAAUAAGAAGUCCUUCUGGCAGCUGCCUCCUGAUUGGUCUUCAACGCACAGGUCUUGAUACACUGAUGCAGUGGAACUGUAAGCACUGUAUUUUUUCUGCAAACAAAAGAGGACUUUUGUUAAAACAUGGAGGCUUCACUCGGCAACAGCCAAUACCAUGUCUUCAUAUGGAUUGCUUGUGCUCUUUCAAGUCUUUUAACGCACAGCACUUUUUACAGAGAGACAAGUGUUUGCGGAGUUUUAACAGGAUAGUCACCACAGAUCUGCAGAGUAACUUUUAUGGUUCUGUGGAUCACUACACACCACGCUUUGUCACAAUCUUCAAGUCCAAGAAAGGGACCGUUGGAGAGAAAUUGGAUGAGUUUAUGCAGCAAAUGAAUACAGGGAAAGAAGCAGAUGUGACAGCAAUGCACACUCUUGUGCUCCAGGGCUUACCUAUCCUGCUUGGUGAUGAUGCCACUAACUUCUACAACACCUGCAACGUAUGUGAUGUUGAUGGCUGGCCACAAGUGUCCAUUGGGGUGCUGACUGUUAUUGAUGAAGGAGAACCUCUCAUUCCAAAUAAACUGUACCUUGACCCAGUGUCUACUGCAAUCAUUGUGGAGGGAGGUAUUGAACUGGAUAAUCUGCAGAAUCUGCCUCAGGCAAUUUGCGUCUUGUUUGGUCUGUCUUAUGCUUUAAAUUUGUCACUUGUCAACUUGUAGGUUCUAUCAAGUUUGGUCUCUGAACUGUUAUUGAUAUAAAGAUGUUAAGAGUCAAGGUAUGGC